AUGAAUCAAAAACCUUUCAGACCUCCUCGACACCCACCAGGACCAGCCGACCGAAGUCAGACGCCGAGACCAGGUAAAGAUCAUCACCACUCCCUGGACAUUUACACAGACCGGCAUCGAGGACAUGCAGUCAUCAGCAAGGGUGGAGAUUCUGUGGCUCUUUUAAAGAGCUUAGAAGAGGACGUCUACUCUAAAGUGAUUCUUUGA